UGAGACGGUCGAAACUCGGAACCCAUGGCGUUUGUUCAAAACUGGUAGGUGCUUCUCAGUCUCAGGUCAGAUUUCAGGCCGAUGUUUUAAUCUUUCUCUGUUCUUCUUUCUGUACAUAAAUUGGGGAAUCAUUAUUUGCUCUAUGGCACUAAAGCUCCAAUCUUUAGCAUAUUCAACUCGAAUCGUCAGAUGGGUUUCUCGAAGUGCUUCGAUUUCUUCAACCUCAUGCCCCCGUCGUGUUGAAGAUCUUACCGAAAGCAUUGCAACCUCCAAUGAUUCAUCUGAGUUUCAUCAAAAUAUUAACUUUUUGAGGAAUAAACUUAUGCCCGAUAACUUGAUCCGGGUUUUGGACCGUACUAGUGAUUUGGAUUCUGCGGUGAAGACAUUCAAAUGGGCUUCUAGGCAGAAGAGUUUCCGCCACAGUUCCCAUACAUAUUUUGGGAUCAUUUGGAAAUUGGGUAUGGCUGGGAAUGUUCAAAAGAUGGGGGCUUUAUGUCAAAGCAUGCUAAAGGAUUGGUGCCCUGAUGCUGAAGAAGCUCUUCUUGCAUUGAUUCAUACCUUUGUGAAACAUCAUAGGAUUAAUGAAGCUAUGGAAGUGUUUAGGAACUUGAAGAAUUCGGGUGUAUAUAAGCCCCCAGUAGAAGUUUUCAAUGUUUUGCUGGGAGCCCUAGUGGAAGAAAGUGGAGAUUUUCAAAAUGCCUUGUUUGUUUAUAAGGAGUUGGUGAAGACAGGAAUCCUACCAACGGUACAUACUUUGAAUUAUUUGUUGGAGGCACUGUUCAUGAAUAAUCAGGUUGAAUUGGCCUUGAAUCAAUUUAGGAGGAUGGGGAAUAAAGGAUGUUGUCCAAAUAGUAAGACGUUUGAAAUUCUUGUGAAGGGCCUAGUUGCGAAAAAUCGAGUGGAUGAGGCUAUUUCUGUUAUGGGGGAAAUCUUUGAACAAAAAUAUCAGCUUGAUAUGAGUUUCUAUUCCUUUUCCAUACCUCUUUUGUGCAAUGAAAAUAAAGUAGAGAUGGGAGUAAGGUUAUUUGAAAUGAUGAAAGCUUCUGAUGUUAAGCCAGAUUCAUUAAUUUAUGGGGAUCUGGUGAGGUGUUUGUGCAGAAAUCUCCAUUUAGAUUCUGCUAUAUGCCUUAUAAAUGGUAUGAUAGAAAGUGAUAUCUCACCCAGUGAUGAUGAUUUUGUUGAUCUGGUUAAUUGCUUUUGUGAAUUGGGGAAAGUAAGUGAGGCUAUAAUGUUUUUAGAAGAUAAACAAGUCCUUGAAACUGCUCCUUACAAUGCAUUGCUUGAAGGUUGCUGCAAUGCCGGUAAUAUUCUGGAUGCAUAUUUCCUGCUUGAUUCACUGUUUGAGAGGAAUAUAGCUGAUUGUCAUUCUUGGAGCAUCCUCGUUAGAUGCCUUUGUGAAAAGGAAAACAUCGGGAAGGCAUUUGAACUUCUUGGAAAAAUGUUGAAGUUACGAGUUCAUCUUGACGUCGAAACAUAUUCUGCUCUUAUACUUGGCUACUGCAGAGUGGGCAAGUAUGAAGAUGCAUUUGGACUUUUUCGUCGAACUCGUGCCAAAUGCUGGCUUUUGGAUAGUACAUCUUAUUCUGAACUACUUGCAGGCCUCUGUGACAUAAAAAAUUCUGAAGCGGCUGUUGAAGUUUUCUACCACAUGGCCUUGAACAGAUGCUCUCUUCAUCCUUGGUCCUACUGUAAGUUGAUAAAAUGUUUAUGUGAUGAAUGCCAGGUCAAUAAAGCUAUAAAUAUGUGGCAGUUGGCUUCUUGCUGUGGUACAUCUUGCUGUAUUGACGCGCACACUACAAUCAUGCGUGAGUUGUCUAAAUCCGGGAAGGCAAAAGACCUGUUGGUGGUCCUUUCACAAAUGUUAGUAGAGGGCUGCAAUCUUGAUGCAGAAACAUAUUGCAUCCUCAUUCAUACCAUGAGUAAACAGAAUCAAGUGAAGGAAUGCGUGUUGUUUUUCAAUAUGAUGAUAAAUGAAGGCAUAGUACCUGAUCCAGGUAAACUAUUUGAUCAGCUGUCAUUCAUAGCCAAUCAUUCCCAGCUAUGUAUGAUAUCCAGUGCUAUUGAUAAGCUUCUUUCCAAAUCUGACAUUUUGAAUUCGGCAAUGUUUGGCUUAUUGAUAACUGGUCUGUGGAAAGAGGGUAAGAAACAUGAGGCACGGAGGUUACUGGACCUAAUGUUAGAAAAGGGUUGGCUUCCUGAUGCUACCACUCAUAAAUUGUUGAUCGGAUCUGAUGCUAGAGAAACGAGGAGUCAGGAUAUAUUAUCGAUUGAUAAUUCUGCCGCUCAAGAUACUGUUAGCAAUAUACUUGCAGAAGGGCUUGGAGAGACAUGAAACACCAGCAUUCCAUGUACCGAGAGUUUUCAUGCUAGUUCCAUAAUUGGUGCUGCUAUGCAUUAAGAGUCGUCUAUUCGGUAUUCUGCACCUAGAGUUGCAGCGCCAAGACAAUUUUAAAAUCAGAGAUGCUGCUGUUCAUUCAAAUCUAUUUGCCAUGCUUGAAGCCUACAAAUCCCACUGAUCUUGAUUGACAAAACUAUUAACUGCUGCUAUAAUGGAGGAUGACUUGUCAUGGUUUCUGACACUGUAUCUUGGCAUACUGCUGCAACUUUUGCUCCAGUCUAUAUUUCUCAUUUUCGGAGAACGAAAUGAACAGAGAAGCCAAAAAGACCAGCGGCUUAGAUGCUUCGGACAGUUCAUAGGAAUCCAAAGCAUGCAGGGACAGGAUCCCAUUGACUCUGAUAAAAUUAAGUGUGGGAUGAAAACUAUAUGCACGGAGAGGAACGAUGUUUGCUACCAGCGUUAAUGAUACCUCCAACAAAUGUUGCAUUCUUUGUUUGUGACCAGAAAUACAAGACUAUACUCCUAGCACGCGUAAAAGUGAGAAGUGCUACAAGGGAGAGACUCUGAUACUGUGGUUAAGUUGAAAAACCAUUGUAAUCGCUCGACAUUCUUUUGAUUCAAUUUUUAAGAGGGCAAAAGAAAAGUUUGUAGCCUUGUGCCUGUAAUGUGCAUAAAGUCUACUAAGUUAUUUUCUUUAUUUAUGAAAAGGUAUAUCCACUCAUAUGCAUUCUUUUUUAUUACUCAUUUGUUGUCAUUUGCUGCAACAUAGGAUCAUACAA